UCUAUAGGGAGCCUACAUGCAACGCCGUUUACAUCUGCGAAAGUUUUAUUUUUUUAAUGACGUUCCGUACGUCUCCACGUGCCCGCCUCCUAUCGCGCGUCGCAGAUGAACGCCGACGGCUCGACCAAGUGCCACCAAGCGACCAGCGGCGGCGGCAGCACCAGUGGCCCGGGCGCCACCAACGCGACGGCCACCGGGGCGGCGACGCCCGUGACCGAACUGGACCGGGUGGUGGCGUACGCGAACCGCUUCUCCAUCAAGCUGUUCAAGCACGUGGCGGCGCUCGAUUCCCGCUCGACGGUGUGCAUCGGCCCGUUCGCCGUGUUCAAGACGCUGUGCAUGGCCUACGCCGCCGCUCAGGGAAACACCGAGCACCAGAUGGCCAAGGCGUUCAAGGUGAACAAGCGUUUCGAGAUGCACGGCGCUUUCCAGGUGCUCCUGUCGUUGAUACGCAACAAGGCGGCCGAGGUGCGCCAGGACAUGGCCUGUCACGCGUUCGUCGAGCGCAGCCUGCCGAUCGUACCGCAAUUCGAGGCCGUCCUCGAGAGAAAGUACGGGGCCGAGGUCCGCCGCGUUGACAUGAAGGACGAACCGGAUAGCGUCCGCGUGCAGGUCAACUCGACGGUCGAGAAAGAAACGUCGGGCGCCAUACCGCAGCUGCUGGUGAGCGGGGUCACCGACAUGGACACACGGCUCGUCUUCUGCGACUCGCUCUUCAUCAAGGCCAGCUGGGAGACCGUCUUCCCGGCUGCCGCCGCGGCGACCGAGAAGCACCCUUACACGGUGACCAGCAGCCGGUCCGGAAGCGGCGGCGUGGGCGGGGCCUCGGACCACGGACCCGAACUGAUCCGCAUCUCGGGAGUGUAUCGCCACUGCCGGGACUCCGAGAACAAGCUGCUAGCCGUCGAGGUGCCGCUGCGCGGCGGUCAGCUGAGCCUGUUGCUCUUCAUGGCGGACAACGCGCCCAGCCUGCGACGCUUCCACAAGCACCUCUCGCUCGAGCUGUACGAGCGGCUGCUCGACAAGCUGCAGGACACCGGCGAGCGCAUAUCGGUUCUGGUGCCGAAGAUGCACCUGGAGGAGAUGGUGCAGCCUUCGUACGUGCUCAAGCACAUGGGCUUCCUCGACCUGUUCGACGAGCACGCCAACCUGGCCGGCGUGGGCCAGGACCUGUUCGUCUCGGACAUCAUACACAAGGUGGCGCUGACGAUCGACACCACGGGCGUGACGGCGGCCACCGCGGUGUCGCUCUCGCUCACAAACUUCUACACCGAGGAGCUGCCCAAGGCGUACCGCGACGCGGCCAACACCCGGCCUUUCAUCUACAUCCUCAAGAACCAGGAGACGGACCUCAUACUUUUCGUGGGCGCCACCCAGGACAUAUGACGGUCGUGGCGUCCAAGUGCCGUGCACGGUAUAGCGCGCGUGCUCUUUCGAUGGUGGCGCCCCCACAUGGUUGCGACGGCCGUCACUUCGCAAAGGAACGUUAGGCUUCGUGCAGCUAGGGGCGGCG